CUAACAAAAAGUUUCUCUUGUUACUCCUGCAUUGCCUAUAUAUUAUUUCGUUUUUUUCUCCUUACUACAUAAUGUGAUGAUAACUUGACUUGAUAGCUAUUAUUUAUUGAAACUUAAUUAUUCUUGUUAAAAAGUAACGACUUCGUUGAAUUCUCGCUUUGCUGUCAUCAGUAUCAAACUGGAUCAUUUCUGUUGACAGUUUCAUUCUUUACUUACUGGUUGACUUCAUAUUUCAUUAAUAAUCUAAUGUUCCUUGUGUUAGUAUUGGCUUAUAGGUAGUCGAAGAGAGGGUUGGGAGGAAAAAAAAAAAGAAAAUUGUUGUUACUAUAUCAUUAAGAUUUGAGUUUGAAAUCUGCAUUAUAAUGCAUCUAAUGUGUUUGAGUUUGUCUUACUAACAACAGAUGCUGGAUCCAUCAAAUGUUGCUCCAUAAAAUUGGUCCUUAAUCAGAGAAAAGAGGUAAUGGCAUCAUCACAAGAGAGGGGUGCUUAUAGAGCUAAUUGUUUUGCUCAAGAUUUUAGGAAGCCUAAUUCUUCUGAUCAACCAUCAUCAUUUUCGAAAGAUUUAGAAUCUGAUUGGCCGCAUAGUAGUUCUGUUGAUGAUCAUGAUUUGAAUUCUGAUAGAUCAACAACAGGAAAGAGAUGGUGGCUGAAUGUGAAAACCAACAUGGGGGGAAGAGCAAGUUAUACAUCUCAGCCUCACUAUUCUUGGCGGUCUGAGCAGUGUGCCGUGUAUGGAUUUGUUGAUGAUGAUAUCAAACUUGGGGCAGAUCAAUCUGAUUUUGAUGCUCUUUCAUAUGCCGAAAGCGCCAAUGUAGCCGUAGAUCACCCAUGGUAUGCCUCUCCAACAUGCGUGAAAACCAGCAGUAAUACCAAGAUGUCGAAAACCGAGGCUUCACUGCAUAAUGAUUUUCAUUUAACAGCUAAGAAGAAAGAACAGAAAGAAUUCUGUUUCUCUGAUGGUCAUUUUAUGGACUGUGAUAUUGCGGAUUUUUUGUCCUAUGAACAAAGUAAAAUGUCAGCUUCUGAUCUGGAGUCACAUUUGAUGGGAGCAGAGAAAACCGGGCCUUGGUGGCGCACUGCUGGAAAAGACGAGUUGGCUUCCUUGGUUGCUCAAAAGUCAAUUGACCAUAUAGAGAAUUGUGAUCUCCCUCAGCCACAAACUAAACAUAUUAAGCAGAAGCCCAGUGUUGACCUUGACAAAACUCCACUAUCAUCUAUAGACUGGAGAGCCAAGACUGGUUCUCCCAAUAUCAAUAGUUGUACAUCUGGAACUCCAACCUCUGGCUAUUCUUAUCAGGAUUCAAACAUGAAUUUCUGUUCCAGCCAGAGCAAGGAUUCUAGUUCGAGCAGCGAGGAUCGGCAAACAAAUUCUGAGAACAGUAGCGUGUCUGACUUGUUGGAAGCAUUGUGCCACUCCCAAAAAAGAGCAAGGGAGGCCGAAAAAGCAGCGCAACAAGCGUACAGUGAGAAGGAGCACCUUCUGAGCCUCUUUUUCAGACAGGCCUCGCAACUCUUUGCUUACAAGCAAUGGUUUCACAUCCUGCAGCUGGAGAAUCUGUGCCUUCAACUCCCAAACAUAAACCAGCCUUUGUUGAAUCUGAUUCCAGCAUCAUUACCUUGGAUGCCAAUGAAGGAAAUGCAGCUGAAGAAGAAGAGUCAUCGCAGAAAUGGUAACAAAAAAUGUGGGAUUGGAAAAUGUGUUGUUGCUUUUGCUGUGGGUUUAGGCCUUUCUGGUGCUGGUUUGAUUCUUGGUUGGACUUGGACCAUGGGAUGGAUGUUUCCUUCAUUAUAAACUGAUUCAUUCACCAACACCACUCUGAUCUUAUGUUUAUGCUGAUAGGAUUCAUCACAAGUGUAUAUAUAUAAAUAUGAUCUUAAGGUAAAUAUUAAUCAAGGAAGAAACUGUGAACAAAGAAGUUGACUAUUAGAUAUGUGUAAUAGUAUGUUCCUGAAUUAUCAAAUAAAAUUAGUCAUAUGAUAUAUGUCACGAGUAAUUCAUUUUUC